UAAGUAUGCCCUCUUUGAAACCCGUAAAGAGUAGCCGUUUAUAUGAUAAAGAUUAUUUACGACACAAGUCAGUAAUUGAUUUAUGUAUCUAUAAAAAUCCCACCCGGUUUAAGUAUUGUUCGAUAAGAUUAGUGCAUGUUAAACCUACUUAAAAGCGGUACACUCGCAGUUACGACCACAAUCUUUUGACAAGCAAAAACGAAAUGAAGUUACUAUUUGUUACGCAACUAUUGACGUUGUUCAUAGUUUUAGUAACUGCUCGCAAUCAUUUCUGGGAGCGACUACAUAGAGAACCUCCAAUAAGAGGUUCAACCACUAAAAACAUUCGUUUAGUGGAAUCAAAGUGGAUUAGACAAAAAGUCGAUAACUUUGAUCCUCAAAAUCCUUCGACAUGGAGCAUGCGAUAUAUGGAAAAUGCAGAACAUUAUCAACCUGGAGGACCUUUGUUCAUAUACGUAGGAGGAGAGUGGACUAUCAGUGCUGGUAGUAUUUCACGAGGUCAUUUCUAUGAUAUGGCGGAAGAACUAGGCGCAUACUUAUUUUAUACUGAACAUAGAUUUUAUGGACUAAGUCGUCCGACAGCGAAUACUCGGACUGACCAAUUGAAAUUUUUAAAUAUAGAUCAAGCGCUAGCUGAUUUGGCACAUUUUGUAGAAGAAAUGAGGAGUACUAUUGAAGGUGCGUCGAAUGCUAGUAUUAUCAUGGCCGGUGGAUCUUACUCUGCUACAAUGGUUGCUUGGUUCAGGCAGAAAUAUCCCCACUUGAUAAAUGGAGCAUGGGCGUCAAGCGCACCACUGCUGGCUAAACUCGAUUUUAUCGAGUAUAAGGAGGUUGUAACGGAAUCUAUACGACUUGUUGGAGGUGACUCAUGCACUGAUCGCAUUGAGAGGGCUAUCGAAAAAAUCGAAAGCCUUUUAGAUCAAGGAGAAUUUGAUGAAGUGCGUGAAAAUUUUAUGGUGUGUGAUAAUAUAGAUUUCACUAACAAUUUGGAUAAAGGGAAUUUUUUGAGCUCUAUAUCUGACUAUAUGGCUGGUGUUGUUCAAUACCAUUGGCCAGGAGAUAUUGAAGGAAUGUGUGAUAUCAUAACCGAUGAAUCCGUCGAUAACGAUAUUGAGGCUUUGGCUAGAUGGUUUACCCAAGGAGUUAGCAGUUGCAUGGAUUUUACUUACACGGCUUCGAUUCAAUACUAUAGCAAUACUGCGUGGAAUCAUGGAGCAAAUGUAGGCGCAAUGAGACAAUGGUUUUACCAAACUUGCGCAGAAUAUGGAUGGUAUCAAACUUCUGGGUCGGAAAAUCAAAUUUUUGGAUCCGGUUUUCCUGUAGAUCUUUAUAUUCAAAUGUGUGUGGAUUUAUAUGACCGAACAUUUAACACUAUGCAACUGGAGUCUAAUGUUGCUCGGACUAAUACUGUAUAUGGACACAUGAAUCCUGCUGUAACCAAUGUGUUUUUCACUCAUGGGCAACUUGAUCCUUGGCGUCCAAUGGGAAUACAGGAAGAUUUGAAUGAGCACUCACCGGCAGUAGUGAUUCCAUUGGCAUCACAUUGUGCAGACCUUGGGUCCAUUUCUGAAUACGAUUCACCAGAAAUGCGAGCAGCGAAGGAACGUAUAUUCGAACUUAUUAAAAUGUGGCUAUCUGUGUGAACCAACUAUCUCCACACAUACAACGUUGAUAUUUGAAAAAUACACACUUUUUCUAAAC